AUGUCAAGUCCUUACCUUGAGUCCUUAUCCAAAGUGCUGAGCAAUACCAUUAGUUUGAGUCUAAACACAGCUUCAAACACAAAUACUGGCAAUGUCAAGGUCAUUGCUAGAUUUAGACCUGAAAAUGAACAAGAGCUCUCUGAUCCUUUUGCUUCUCAAGUUGUCACUUUCUCUUCUAAUAAAACUGUCAAUUUUAAAUCAAAUGAUACUACAUGUUCCUUUACUUUUGAUAGAGUCUUUUCUCAAGCUUCAACUCAAUUGGAAAUUUUUGAUUACUCCAUCAAUCAAACUGUCAACGAUUUAUUCAAAGGCUAUAAUGGAACCAUUCUUGCUUAUGGCCAAACUGGCUCCGGAAAGACUUACACAAUGAUGGGCAAAGAUAUCGAAGAUAUUGAUUCAAAGGGCUUAAUCCCAAGAAUAACUGAAAGAAUCUUUGAAUAUAUCGUUGAUUCAAGUUCAGAUAUCGAAUUCACUGUUGGUGUCUCCUAUAUGGAAAUUUAUAUGGAACAAAUUAGAGAUUUAUUAGUAUCUCCAAGAUCUCAGGCUAAAUUAUCCAUUCAUGAAGAUAAAGAAAAUGGCAUCUACGUCAAAGGCUUAAAAAAAAUAUAUGUUUCAUCUGUCGACGAUAUUUAUGAUGUAAUGAGACAAGGCUCUGAAAUUAGAGUCGUUUCUUCAACAAGUAUGAAUCAAGAGUCUUCAAGAUCUCAUGCUAUUUUUCAAAUAGAGUUAACUCAAAGAAUCAUAAGCUCCGGUACAAUAAAAAAGGGAAAUUUAUUCUUAGUUGAUUUGGCUGGCUCUGAAAAAGUUGGUAAAACUGGCGCAUCUGGAAUAGUUUUGGAAGAAGCUAAAAAAAUCAAUAGUUCUCUAAGUUCUUUAGGUAAUGUUAUUAACGCUCUAACUGAUGGUAAAUCAACUCAUAUCCCCUAUAGAGAUUCAAAAUUAACUAGAAUUUUACAAGAAUCCCUUGGUGGUAAUUCAAGAACAAGUCUUAUCAUAAAUUGUUCUCCCUCAAAAUUAAAUGAUAUGGAAACUUUAUCAACUUUAAGAUUCGGCGCAAGAGCUAAAAAAAUACAAAAUAAAGCACAUAUUAAUACUGAAUUAUCAAGCAGUGAAUUGAAGAAAAAAGUUGUCAUCUUAUCUAAAAAUAACGAGUUUCAUCAAAAGUAUAUUAAUCAAUUAGAACAAGAGUUAAUUCUUUGGAGAUCUGGGAAUCCUCCACAAAGUUCAAAUUGGUUA